UAAAGAACUUUUUGUUGCAUAACAGUGGGUUACUUCAAACAAGAUAUUUUUUGCAAUCCAUAUGCAUUAUAAACGAUAUCCCCAUAAAGAAAUGUCCUGUGGUGUAAUUCCAUACAUUCCCUUGGCAUCUGUUUCAGUUUUUCUUCUUUUUUGUUGACAAAUGCUGUCGUAAAUUAUUGUUAUGUUUUGUUUCUAUUUUAAAGGGCUGCAUUCUCUUGAGAACUGUUUUAAUUUUUCUUUAUUUUCUUCACAUCAAUGUGCUGUUAAGUAAAUAAAAUUGUCAUAUCAGCAAUACAUUAAACUAAUUCAUCAAUGACAAAGUUCUCAAAACAGAAAUAGGCUUACUUGGCCUGUUCGCAAUGAUUGAAUUGAAAUGAAGCCUUUUCAUACCACAGCUUGACAAUUUGUACAACAGCAAUAAAAACAUCAGUUGGUAGUGUAUUGACAAUAUUAUCAGCUUUAGCUCAUCAUUAGGUGCUUCAAAAGGAACAGUAGCAUUACAUGUAUCCAAGCGCCUAAAAUAAAUAUUUGAUCCCUGACUGGCGGUUACUGACAGUCAAAUGGUCACUGACUGCAGAAAUUCGACAUUUGACUAUCAUGAUUAAAAAAGAAAUGGUCAAAUUGACCAGCAACUAACCAUAUCCACAGGUGAAAAGACGGUUUCGAAAUUUUCGCAAAAACACAUUUUUAAUCAAGAGUAUAGCUUUACGGCAAAGCAUACAGUAUAUAUACCUACCAAUAACUAUGAGCAGAUAAACAAUCCACAUUUCCGUCCAACUUCAACUUGAUCAUUUAAAACAGUUUCAUAUCGCUUGUGGGUAAAUUAAUUGUGAAAAAAUGCUGAUUUUUAUUUAAUUAAUAUGCUGUUUUUCUUCCCAGUGGUUAAAUUAAAUAGUUCUUCUUUUUACUUAUUUUAAAAGAAUUUUUCUUAUAAAGUAAUGUAAAGUAUAUAAUAAUCUAUUUCACAUUUUGAAUUUACUAGAAAAGGAGAAAUACUAAUUUUUGACUAUAUAACCAAAAUCACUGAAUAUUAACCCUUGUAACUACAUAUUUUACACCUUCAAAAAUUGCACAUGCAAAUUUUUAAUAAAGUAGCAACGUUAUAUUAUUGGCAAAAUAUGUACAUGCUUUUGGCAUGGCAUUUGCAACAUUUAAUACAUACAUGUCCUAUAAGUAUAUAGUUACAAAGUUUAAUUAAAGACACGCUCUUGCUAUGCAUUUAAAUUGUGUACAAAAUCCUGGUCACUUACAAUAAUUAAUUUGACUGCACAUUUUAAAUUCUUGGCAAUCACGUUGACCUGCAGGAAUAAAAUAUUUACUUUAAUUGCUGUUGGUAUGCAAAAUAUACCUUUUCAUAAAAAAAACAAGCCAACAACCAUUUCGCAACUAUAUAUUGUUACAUGUAUAUCCUGAUGUUAAAAUUUGUUAUAUAAUACUUAAUAGAAUGUCAUUUUAUCGAGGUGGUGGUGGUUAUCGCCCACGUGGUGGAAGAAUGCCAAUGCAAGGUGGUAGCCGUUUUGGUUUGGCUCCACUAAUGAGACCAGAUAGUAAUUUUCGAGGCAGACAUGCUGCACCAUUUAGAGGAAAUUUUCGUCCACCAAGACAAUCAUUUAAUAGAGGUGGUUAUAGAGGAAUUCCUGCAAGAGGGGAAGUUAUUCGAAUGGGCCCUUCACGCCCUGUUGCACCAGUUGUUAAAAAGGAAGAAGAGCAAAAGAACAGGAAAAGUGAAGAAACUAGUAAAGUUGAAAAAGAGAUGAAUGACAAAAAGCCUAUAGUAAAAACUGAAGGGAAUAAAGACCAAGAAGCUUCAGCAAGUCAGGAGGUAAAGGAUGAACCAAAGAAAGACAGUAAAGCUGACACUGUUGUUAAAUCAGAAGGCCCAAGGAUCCGUUUAGACAGAUACAAUAGCGAACUUCAUGUUGAAUUUUCUGACGAUGAUUUAGUAGCUGGUAACAUGAAAGGAGAAGGAUUUGAGUACAUGUGGGGAGGUGCACGAGCAACCCAUGGAGUAUGUAGUGGCAAGGUUUGUUUUGAAGUGCACAUUUUGGAGAAUAUUAAAGUAGAUCUGCCUGAAGAAAAGACGCCUUGUGUUUGUCGUGUUGGUUGGUCUGUGGAUGGGUCUGAUUACCAACUUGGAGAAGAUAAGUUGUCAUGGGGAUAUGGUGGUACAGGAAAAUCUGCAUAUGACUCUAAAUUUCUAGAUUAUGGCAAAAAAUAUGGAGUAGGCGAUGUUAUAACUUGUUGUGCUGAUCUCAAUUCGACACCAAAGGCAAUCUUCUAUAUGGUUAAUGGGGAAUAUCUUGGUGUUGCCUUCAGAUUUACAAAUGAACUGAAUGGUAGAGGUAUUUAUCCCCAUGUGACUUCGAAAAAUAUGAAGUACAGAGUAAAUUUUGGUGAGGCAAUGCCAAAGUUCCCCAUCACAAAUGGCUUCAAAAUGCUGGCUAAUUUAUCUCAAGAUGAAGUGGUAUCUCCUCCACCUGGUCCAAGCAGGCCAGAAGAUGCAGAAGUUAUUAUGAUGGUUGGAUUGCCUGCUUCUGGUAAAUCGUUUUGGUGUGAGAAGUAUGCAGAACAGAAUAAGGAUAAGAAAUACCACAUUCUUGGUACAAACAUCAUUAUUGACAGAAUGAAGGUGUCAAACUUGACCAGAAGAAGAAACUAUCAUGGCAGAUGGGAAGAGUUAAUUAAGCGAGCAUCAAGUGUACUGAAAACACUUUUUGAGGUUGCUAAGAAAAGACCCAAAAAUUAUAUCCUGGAUCAAACUAACGUAUACUUCAGUGCACGGAGAAAAAAAAUGGAAGCAUUCCGAGGCUACAAAAGGAUUGCUGCUGUUUUGGUGAAUAAACCAGAGGUGUUAAACAUGCGAACUGAGAAACAACAAAAAGCUGAAGGUAAAAUUGUCCCUGAAGAAGCUAUCAUGGAAAUGAAAAGAAACUUUACCCUUCCCGACGUUGGGCCUUCAUUUGACGAGGUAUGGUUUUUAGAGGAAUUGAAGCCAGCCGCUAGAAAUCUAGUGGAGUCGUAUAGAUCUGCAGGUGAAGCUUUUAAGAAGGCAGCUACCAAAAGACCCCUUCAAUCACAGGAACCAAGGGUUGAAAAGCAAGAUGUUGAUAAUAAGAGACCAAAAAGAGAUUUGCCACCCAAUUGUGGUUUUCAACCUAGUGGGGAUUCUUACCAAGCUUCAUUAAAUGCAAACACCCCAGGAAGUAGAUCUAAUAGACACGAUGAAAGAAGAAGAGAACCUUUUCCUGACCGAAGCUCUUUUGUUAGAAAAGAUGAAAGACGGGAUGACAGACAAGAUGAGAAACGAAAAGAUGGACGUGAUGACAGAAGGUACAAUAAUUAUGAACAUGAUCGAGACAGGGAUGCCAGAGAUUCUAGGGGUAUUCAUCGCGAUACAAAGGAACGAGAUAUGAGAGAUCGGGAUAUGAGAGAUCGAGAUGUGAGAUAUCGGGAUACCAGAGAUAUGAGAGUUCGAGGUACCCGGGAAAUGGAUCAAAAUCAGCGUAAUGAAAGAAGACCCCCUCUGCCCUGCAAUGAUAGAAAGAAUGAAAGGUUUGCAGAUCCAUUUAAUGAUGCCAGAAGUCCACACAGAAGUCCACAACACCAAUCAUUCAGGGAUCGAAGUGCUAACAGGGAUAGCCCAAGACAAUCUAACAGGAUAGAAAGAGAGGUAUAUCCUCGUAAUUUGCAACACAGUGACCAAUAUGGGAGGUACCAAAGUGGCGAUAUCAGAGAUUUUUCGAAAGAGAACAGAAGAGCCUCUGAAAUUCGUAACAGAGAUUUCCCUUUGAGAUAUAAUGAGUUAAGAGAUGACAGAAGGGAAGAUCCAUUCAAGGAUAGAGCCAGACAAAGCCCAGAACGAUUUCGUUCCUUGGAAAGGCAAAGAGACCCUUACUAUUAUGAGUCUGCACCUCCAAAGCAACCUGAUCGUGCAUCAAACGAAGACCGAUACUAUGAUGGUCAAAUGCCAAGACCUGAUAUCACAAGAAAUGAAAUGGACCGUCCUUACUUAGAUGCUCCUUUUCAAUCUGGUCAAGAUUUGGACAGAGGUUUUGAUCUCCCCAGGUUUUCUGAUUCUCAAAGGAAGCAAGAAGGUAUUAGAGAACCAAUUUUUCUGCACAAUAAGGGAAAUGAAAGGCAUCUAGAAAACAAUCCUCCGCCCUGGAGAGAAUUGCAAGUUGAUAGAGAUUAUGUCACUAAGGAAAGGUAUAAGCCGGCAAGUGAGGAACAACAAUUUUUAGAAAGGGGAAAUGAAAACGAAUAUAGGGAACAACUAGGCAGAGAUUACUACAAUUCACAGGGGUUUCGACCAGGUAACAUUGAAAGGCAGAAUGAACGGCCCUCACAGUAUUUUGACCGGAUUGCCUCACCUAGACCUGCUGUUCCAACUGAUAGGCGAUAUGAAGACCCAUCCAGACCAAGUGACAUCAGAGGAGAAAGAGAUUUUGACAGACCAGGAUUUGGUAUCGACCCGAGAUACAAUGAAAGUAAGCCUGCAUAUGAAACCCCAAAGUUACGUGAAAGUGUUUAUGACAGCCCGAGACUACCCACUUCACAACAACCAUUUGCUCAGAGAAUGCCAGACCGUUAUCUACGACCAGAAGAUGCAGUAAAGCAAGAACGCUUUAAAACUGGAAACCAACAAAUUCACAGGAGUUAUCCUGAUGAACGACAUGGUUAUGGUGGUAGAUCAGAUGAACUUCAUGACAAGUAUCAACCAACUCAAUAUAAAGAGCCAUAUCAACCACAUCAAACCGAAAGGCGCAUGGAUUACCAGGAACCAGUUAGAAACCAAGCACAAUUCGACGAAAGGCCUCAGCGUGAUUAUGACAGAGGAGCUAUGGAAAAUUCGUAUCGAGAUCAGUCAAGGUAUGAGCCAGAUACCAGGCGUAAUGAGUCUCGCCAGUAUGGUGCAUCUGCUACAUCUAUGAAUGUUAAUGCCAGCAGCUCAGGCUACCUUUACACUUCUAACACAAACCAAACCUACGGUAAGCCUGAUGAUAAAAUGUCAACAAGUUAUCAGACACAGAUGACCACUUCUACAGCAAACUACAGCCGUGAUAGCUACUCCAGUUUUGACCAACCAGGUUACAGAAAAGAAAAUCCCCAGAGUUACAACCAACCUAGUGAGCAGCAAAGGCGACAAAGUGGCCCUUCAUUGUUAGGUCUACCUCAGGUUGACCCUCCUGCUAGACCAGUUGGUAAUUCACAAUCGUACGAGAAGCAACAAGAAGAUUAUCAAAAAGCCUACAGUCAGUGGUAUGCAAAUUAUGCUCAAGCCUUUGCACAACUUACGCAACAAAACCCAAACUAAUUUCCUAAAAGUCACGUAUAUAAUGGACUAUGAACUAACCUUGCAAACUUUUGUUAAUAUAAUCCGUAGUGCAGUAUGUUUUCAUUUUGGAUAGAUUAUGCAAAAUAUUUUUGUUAAUAAUGCUUUAUAAAUUGGUUUAAAUUGUAGUUGUUUCUUAUCUCUUAUACAAGACCAUUGAAAUGUGAGAAGCUUCGGUGUAUGCUUUUACUGUCCUGUUACUUACAAUAUUUGUUGUGUCUGCGGUCUUUUUUGUUUGUAUACUUAUGCAUAUUUAUUGCUAAAGCUUCCGUUUUUAAGAUUUAGCAUAAGUUACUCUGUGAGAAUGUCUACAAAUAUUGUUUAUUCUCACAAGACAAUCUGCCUUUUAUUAUAUUUAAAAGGUUUAUUUUAUUCACAGUUUAUUUUACAUGAAGAUUUUUAUAUAGAGCUUUAGCAGCACUGUAGAAAAGCAUGUGUUGUGCAACUUUAUCUAACUAUUUACAUGUAUUUCUUUGGUUGAACUUUUAAAGUAAAAUCAUUAAAAGAA